AUGCAUGUGGAUGGAUGGGGCCACUCCCGAGCGCGUCGCUCCCCGGGAACUAGCGGGAGGCAGUCAGAGGACUACGCGCUGACUGUCGUGGAGCACAAAAUCUUCAUUCUCGCUUGCCUGCGUGCGUCGUGCAUCCCCAUCACCCGCACAAGCAUGGCGCCGUCCUCCAACGAGUCCUCUGACGAGUCGGACGUUGAGGACAAGCGCGACUACCGCCGCGGCGGCUAUCAUCCCGUCGAGCCCGGCGAGCCCUUCCACGCCUCGCGCUACAUCGCCGCCCGCAAGCUCGGCUGGGGCCACUUCUCGACAGUGUGGCUGGCGUGGGACAGGCGCGAGGAGCGUCCGGUUGCGCUCAAGGUGCAAAAGUCGGCGGCACGCUACUCGGAGACCGCGCGCGACGAGAUCAAGCUCCUGAAGCAGGUGGUGACUCUGCUCGACCACUUUGUCCACCGCGGGCGGCACGGGGCGCACCAGGUGCUUGGCGCGUCGCUGCUGCACUUGCUCAAGGCGACCUCCUACCGCGGCCUCCCGUUGCCGGAGGUGAUCCUCGGCCAGGGCUACGACACGGCGAGCGACGUCUGGUCGGCCGCGUGUGUUGUCUUCGAGGCGGCUGUCGGCGACGUCCUCUUCAACCCUCGCGCGGGGAAGCGGUGGUCGAGGGACGAGGACCACUUGGCGCUGAUGGUCGAGCUGCUCGGCCGGAUGCCGCGCAAGCUCUCUGCGAGCGGCACGCACGCGAAGGACUUCUUCAACAAAACCGGCGAGCCGCCGCGGCGUCUGGCGGCCCCACGCGCGGCCGCUCGCGAGCUGCGCAACAUCAAGAAGCUCAAGCCGUGGGGCCUCGCAGACGUCCUCGCCGACAAGUACGACUUUGCGCGCGCCGAGGCGCAGGCGCUCGCCGACUUCAUCCUGCCGAUGCUCGACUUCGACCCGAGCAAGCGCGCCACCGCCGCGCAGAUGCUCGCGCACCCGUGGCUCUCCGAAGCCGCGCCGGCGUUGGACGAGUGCGACUAGUUGCUCCGGCCCGCCCCCACCCACGCCUCGCGCACCCCGCGGUGCGUGUCGUUUUGCGGCGCCGGCGGCGUGGGGGCACCGUGCUGCGGCGAUGGGCCGCUUGGGGUGGUUGGCUUUGGGCCGCUUGGGGUGGUUGGCUUUUCGGCGAGAUGGCGGAGGUGGAGACGACAGAGGCCACAGCGUAGUAGUGCGGGUCAGGGCGGUCGCAAGGCAGGAUUCGGUGUGGUAUGUACGUCGCUUAGACCUUAGUGGAGAUGUUGUUCAUCCGCAAUCAAUCAAAUCACUACUACU